GUGCCCAAAACGGUUCCCAGAGUUUGCUCCCUCGUUUGGAUUCGAGAUCGGCGGCGGGUAAUGCAGGACGGGCGGUGGCAGCGGCGGUUUCUGGCCGCAGAUUUUGUUUUGUCGUUUAUGUGGGUAUGGUCGGGCGUGCUCGUAACGAUUUUUGUGCAGAAACUCAUAGGUUACGGCGCGCAUCAAUUGGAAGGCGAUGUUGUUCGAUAUGCGAUCUCGAUCCUGAACAUGUUCUUCUUCGCGUUCAUGAGUAAGGUCACCAAGGGAGGGGCCUACAAUCCGCUCACGGUGCUGGCGGACGCGGUGUUGGGGGAUUUUUCCAAUUUCCUUUUCACUGUUGGCGCCAGAAUCCCUGCGCAGGUUGUUGGAUCUGUUUACGGGGUGAGGCUUAUUCUUAAUACACUGCACGGAAUGGUGCACGGGCCGCGCUUAACUGUUGACAUAGCAAAGGGAGCAUUGACAGAAGGCUUUCUAACAUUCGGCAUUGUGAUAAUCACCCUUGGUCUGUCUAGACCAGGUAGCCGAGGUUUCCUGAUGAAUACUUGGAUAUCCUGCACCUCCAAGCUUUCUCUUCACAUACUCGGCUCAGAUCUAACUGGAGGAUGCAUGAAUCCAGCGGCUGUAAUGGGUUGGGCCUUUGCUCAAGGAGAGCACAUUACCAAAGAGCACUUAGUUGUUUACUGGCUUGCGCCGGUCCUCGCCACUUUGGCAGCCGUAUGGGUGUUUAAUAUAAUAGCAAAGCCUACUACGGGCGAGGCCCCGAAGGCGAAACCAGGAAAAUCAGAUUGAACUAGGAUUCUUGAUUCUUGAUUCUUGUCUAGUUGAGGAUUUAGAAAUUCAUUUUUUUGGUAGAAGAUUAAUAGGAGUAGAAAUAAGUUUUGUUGGUGUUUAGUUUGAUGUACUUUAGACAAAAUUUGGAUUUGGUAAAGUAGAGAUGUUCAUUCAUACAAUCUAAACCCCUGUUUGGUAGUGACUUUAAUACAAUAACAGGAUGAUUACUCUAUAGAAUGGAGGGAGAGAUUCUUCAAUAGACAAGUCGGGGUUCGAAUUCUGCAAAGUCGACUGAA